CUCCUGCUCACGCUGUCUCUCCUGUCCCAGCGGGAGGUGGAGAUCCUCAUGUUCCUCAGCGCCAUCGUCAUGAUGAAGAACCGACGCUCCAUCACCGUGGAGCAGCACAUUGGGAACAUCUUCAUGUUCAGCAAAGUGGCGAACGCCAUCCUCUUCUUCCGCCUCGACAUCCGCAUGGGCCUGCUCUACCUCACGCUCUGCAUAGUGUUCCUGAUGACCUGCAAGCCCCCCCUCUACAUGGGCCCCGAGUACAUCAAGUAUUUCAGUGACAAGACCAUUGAUGAGGAGCUGGACCGGGACAAGCGGGUGACGUGGAUCGUUGAGUUCUUUGCCAACUGGUCCAGCGAGUGCCAGUCCUUCGCCCCCAUCUUCGCUGACCUCUCUCUCAAGUACAACUGCCCAGGACUGCACUUCGGGAAGGUGGAUGUUGGACGGUACACGGAUGUCAGCACCAGGUACAAGGUCAGCACCUCGCCCCUCACCAAGCAGCUGCCCACCCUCAUCCUCUUCCAGGGUGGGACAGAGACCAUGCGCCGGCCGCAGAUUGACAAGAAGGGCCGGGCUGUGUCCUGGACCUUCUCUGAGGAGAACGUGAUCCGGGAGUUCAACCUCAACGAGCUCUACCAGAAGGCCAAGAAGCAGUCGAAGCCGCGGGAGGAGGGGCCUGAGGAGCUCCCCGGGGUGCAGGCGGCUGCUGGACACCCCCACGGGGAGACCAAGAAGGAGAAGUAG